GAAGAAGAAGCAGAGGCGGAAGAGACGUGGCACAUAAACAGAGGCAGGAACCAGCUAGCAGCAACUUUACUGAUGACACCUCCUGGAGACGCCUUCAGUGUAAAUCUGACACGGAGGUUUAAAUGACAGCCACACAGCAGUACCUAAGACGAACAGGUCUAUAUUAAAGUCUGUGUGACAGGUAAGGUCCUUUUGUUUUUAUCACUUGUGUCGUAACUUCCUCGCUGGUUUGGCUCACCUGACAACUUCAGCUAAGGUAGCGGCUAAUGUUAGCUCUGUGGAUGAGUAAAGGUGUAAUCGCAGACAACAUGUGUGAUAAAAAAAGGAUGCCAGGUAACUUAUGUUAAAUUAGAUUGAUCGAAUUAGACGAAGUUUAACCGGUUACAACCAAAACGCACAAAUCACGACCUUUAAAACACCAAAACCUUGUAGCGAUCGAUGCCAUUUAGAUCACGAUAACAAGUUAAAGACAUAAUAGAGUAGAUUAACAGUCUGUUGUUGUUGUUGAUCAGGGAUGAUGUGCUUGUCCAAACUGCUUUUCUUUUAAAUCAGUACAACCUGCUUAGGUUUUUAGCCUCACACGAGAGACUGGUCCAUCCAGUAUUUGAGACCCGACUGUAGGUUAUCAUCAGUCAGUCAAUAUGCUGAGCAAUCAAGCAAAAGCCUGAGUACUUAAACACACUAAGCUUGGAUAUCAUCAGGGAAUGACUCUUAAGUUUGUAGUAAAGUUGAUUAUUAUGAUGACAGAAUACUCAGAGAAAAUAUGGAAGUGGGAAAAAGAUAUGAAAAAUUUCCUACUGCAUAGUAACCCCAUAAUAUAGUCAUUUUAUUUCAGUCAAUUGGGAGUGAUGUAGAAUGGACUUUAUAACUCUUUAUGGUAAUAAAAGGAAAAUCAGUAAACAGUGUUGUUGUUCAGUUUAAUCUCAUUUAAGUACUAUACAAACACUCUUUAAUCAUUGUUAACAGUGUAGACAUAUCCCUCAGUGAAAGCAGCAUGGCACCCAAUUAUUAUUGAUAUCUUAUGGCACAUUCAUACAUCGCUCCGCCGCCUUACAAAUAAGCCGUGACAUUGGGGUUGUCCCUUGAGCUAUUUUGUUCCCUGAGCACCUUUUUUAAAUAAUGAGUUCUGCCUACGUCUCAAUUCAUUGCAUGUAUUCACGGAGAUAACUGAGCUGCGCAUUGGAUUAAAAAGAAAAUAAUAAUUACUUAAAGCUCCUGUGAGGAGUUGUUUGACGUUUCUGAAAUAGACUGAAGUUCAUAUGGAUGCUUUUACAUAAUAACCAACAAAAAACAAGUUCCUCACAGGAGAUUUAAGUGAACAAUUUAACUAUAAAAUGAAGAUGUCAUAAGCUCAUCAAUGGUUCAGCCACCAUUGAUGUAAAACUUGCAUACAAAAUCAAACUUCAGUUUAAAAUUGUGUUGAUCCUUGAUCUGAAUAUUCAUUGUUGGAGCCAUUAUUUAGUUUCUUUUGUUUGUUUCAUUUCUUGUUUCUAUUCCUUGGUUCUUUGCACCGUAAAAGCGGAUUUAAGUAAGCCCAGGUAGUGAGCCAGGUGUGGAGGGCGGAGCUAUACAGAUUUUUGACCGUGUCGGCGUGGCAGCAGGUGAACUUUCUCUCUGUUUGAAUGGAAAUAAAUGGGUCACCGAAUUCAAAGAAAGAAUAUUGUAAUCCUGGUUUUUAUUGUCACAUCACGCGUCAGAACGAGUUCUAGCUCUUCACCCAUUGGAACUCAGGUAUAUAGUCUCAAUGGAAAGACUCUACAUUCAUUGUUAAUAUAAUAUCACUCUAUAACUCUGGUAUAUGCAGUGCCUGAAAUACCAGCAGGACAUGUUGUUAUCAAAAGGUCCAUAAAAGGGAAUAACGUCCAUUCUCUACCACGACUAUGGGGUAGUUAUUCAGAGCCAUUUGACUGAACCACCUUAUCUGUAAUCCUUUAGCUUUUUUGGCUUUCUCUAGGAUAUUUUUCCCUCCCUUUAAAGAGUUUCUUGCUUCAGUGCAGAUGCCUUUUCAUUGCUAAAUUCCCUACAUGUUAUUUCCUUUUCAUGAUUAUAUUUAUUUGGUCUCUUCUAUCGCUCUGUGAUUCCUAGUCAACAAGGUGAAUGCUUUUUGACAGUUUUCACAGAAAAGAUAUGAUGCGUGAACGGCGCUCUGGGGUUCAGAUGUUUCCAUGACUCUUGAUUAAGACUGUAAAUAAGUGAGUCCACACUCAGUGUAGUUUUAUAUCUGGAUUAAAAUGUCAAUCUGUAAAAAACAGUUAUGCCAUUUUUGUAUUGCAUGAGUCAUGGCGAUGGUUUCAUGCUGCAUCAGUAUUAUAUCCCACUAAGUGUUGAGACACGAGAAGAGAAGAUGUGUAUUAAUGCCUUUAACUCUGUUUUAUUGCUCUGGUCUUUACUUCAGAGACCAUUACCCUCAUAACAAACAUACUCAAUAUAAACCUUUUAAUCUCAAACACUCUUACUGACAAAUGAAGACCUUUUCUACACGCCCGUUUCUUCUGCUUAUACUUUACACGCAUGUUAUUUAUAUUACAAUAAGGAUACCUUUCUGUUGUAUGCAUCCAUAAUGAAGCAGCAUAUGUUGUUUGUGCUCUAUACAGCAGGUGACUAUGGGUCUCUGCAAGUGCCCGAAGAGAAAGGUGACAAAUUUAUUUUGUUUCGAGCAUCGUGUAAACGUGUGUGAGCAUUGCCUCGUCUCCAACCACAACAAGGUCAGUGAGUGAAAGUGAUGUCAUGAUUGAAAUUGUGAAAUGGCAUAAUAUCAAAGUCAUAACUCAGCGUGUGAACUUGCUGCCUUUCAGUGUAUUGUGCAGUCAUAUCUGCAGUGGCUUCAGGACAGCGAUUACAACCCCAACUGUACUCUGUGUAACACUCCUCUGAAUGCUCAAGACACGGUCAGACUCGUCUGCUAUGGUAAGAUUAUCCAUUCAGGGGCAACUGAUGCUCCAGAAAAGUUACAAGAACAUAAACAAACAGAUACCUAAAAUUUCCAAACAUUUUUUUCCACUUGAAUUUUUUUUUAUUUGUCUUAAAAAAAAAAAAAGAUUUAAUGAUUUGUGUCACAGCAUCAAACAUUUGUAUACCACAUCUGUUUGUAUUCUUUCCACAGAUGUGUUUCACUGGUCCUGUCUCAAUAACCUGGCAUCACGACUGCCCCUCCACACGGCUCCAGCUGGAUAUCAGUGUCCCACCUGUCAGGGUCCAGUCUUCCCCCCGUCUAACCUGGCCAGCCCUAUUGCUGAUGUGCUGAAGGAACAGCUGUCAUCUGUCAACUGGGCUCGGGCCGGUUUGGGGCUGCCUCUGGUAAGGACCUGUUAUUUUUAAAUCUCUUGUGAGGUGUCAUCAUCAUAACCAACAGAAAGUGGAAAAAUAUCCAGUGAGAAUGCAGAUAAUUCACUUUUUAUUGUAGAUAUAACAGUUUUUUAUGUCGAUCUGUUGAUGACCUUCCUGCUUUUCUUUUUGGCCUUUUUAAAACCUGGUGGAAAGCAAGGCUGUGGCAAACUGGCCCAGGGGGAUUGAUUGAAAUGGACUGUUUUGGAUCUGUAUAAAAUAAAAGCAGUAUUUAACUUCCAUAACCGUCAUGUUGUACAUUUUUGAACCAUUAGAGGAUGAUGCCAGAAUAAGCUGACUCAUCAUUGUCCGCACAGGUGCGUGUUCUCUAUCACAAAGUUCUGAAAAAUUGAUGAAAUGUCAUCUGAAUCUGACAGAUUGAGGAGCCAAUUGAUGUUCUUGAAGAGACCACAGCAAAUGAUGUCACAGAUUAUAAUGACUGGUCAACAUUUAGUGGUAAGCGUUCAUGUAAAUAUUUCAGUAUGUGCUUUAUACUGACUGCAUUUAUACUAAAUAACUUCAGCGGAUGAACUGAACUCUUUUUGUCUUUCUGCAGCACAAGAACAAAGUGAAAUUUACCCCACCCACUCUUACAACACCAGCGUCAGCCCACAACCAAAUUCUGUCUCACCUCCAGCACAGGAGGACCUGGGAGGUCCCCGUAAAAAUGGAGAACCAACCGUGCAGGAACACUCUGUGAUCAACUUCACUACUACUGCCAACACCCGUGACACCAUCACGAUACAUACUGGUGACUGCUUUUUUAAUUACAGUUUCAUCAGUCUGUGUAUACUUUGAAAGCAUUUAAAAAUAUUUAAGGUGAAUUUUGAGUUUUUUAAACACAGAAAACUGUCGAAAGUUUAAUAAAUUACUUUCUUUAUCUAUUUCCCCAGCUUCAUCACCGAGAAAGAUCUACGAUACACGGGACAUUGCUCAAAGCUCUAUCACACAGAUCGACUUUGACGAUGACAAAUACAGAAGAAGACCUACACUCAGUUGGUUUGCCCAAAUUCUCAAGUUAGUACCGUGAUCUACAUUUAAUCUUAAACUCUUUUUCAGUGCUUUUGUCAGCUGAGAUUAAUCUUGGUAUGAAUGAAAUGAUCUCUGAGUGUGUUUUUGCUUUCUCCUCUCAGAAAUCUCACAGGUGGAAAGCGGACAUCUCUGACCUGGAAACAGCGUGUCUUCAUGCUUCUUCUGGUCGGAGUCUUGGGGUUCUUUACACUGAUUAUCAUCAUGGCUAAACUCGGACGUGCCUCUGCAGGCUCGGACCCAAAUUUAGAUCCUCUUCUUAAUCCCAACAUCCGUGUGGGGAAAAACUGAUAACAAGCAUUGAUUCCUUCAAUUCUUUCCAUGUUACACAAUAGAAGCUCAUAUAGGCUGGGCUGAAAUGGGACUUUACAAUACACUGUCAGCCCAGCAGAGGGGGUUAUUGACCUUCCUUAAACGGGGAAAAGAAAGCAACGCUGCUCCUCUUUAGAAUGGAGGUAAUCUCUGGAUCCGUUCACAUACAAAAGGCAGCAGGAGCAUGCCAAGCUCUUCACGGACUUUCAAAUCUGAUAUUGAAUUCAGGAUUUUACCUUCGAUUUUGGUAAAGCAGCCCACAACACCAAAGGUGACCAAAGCCCCAGUGAUUCAAGGUGAAGGAUCCACUGAUUGUUGCUUUAAAAAGGCAGCGAUGGAGAGAGUUUCUACUUCCAUUUACAAUUCCAGCUAACGAGUGUCAGUGAUCUUUUGAAGUGAAUUCUUAAUUUUAGGAGAAACUAAAUACUGUCGAUGCAGAGGAAGAUCUUUUGCUAGCAGAAAUGUCACGGUGUAUAUUAUCAGCAACACAACAUUCACAAACAUUUCUGAGUUUAUAAACUAACUACGUUUGGUUUUUGGUUUGAACCGCCUUUGUGCAUUACUCCUUAAGAGAUGACAUCCAGCCGACCAACCCCUCACAGAAUAAAUACACAACUAUUUAUGGGUGUCUGCAAUGAUUUUGAAAACGAGUGCAUUGCUUUUAGAUUUUGCACACAUGCUGUAUGUAUAUUUUCCAGAUGUUUCCUUGACUGUCUAUUAAACAGGAAUAAUCCAGAA